CGCCAUCUUCGCAUUUUUGUUCGGUUGUGUACGGUGCAAGUUAAUCGUUUCUUGUUAAUUGUUUUGUUCUGAAUUGGUCAAUCAGAAUAAGUAUUUUAAAUUCGGGCUUUUGUUUUCUGUACCAGUGCCGAAAACAGGUCCUGUGCAAAGUAAUUCCUGUAAUUUGAAAGUGUCAGAAAAAAUUCCAAUCCGGGAGUUGCUCCGUAAGAAAAAUUAGCCAGUGCCUGUUUUGUGGUUCAAUAAAAUUUAAUGUUUUUGUUCAAAAAAAUGUUCAGUUCGCUUGCAUUGUUUGUUUAGUUUGAAUUGAAACGCAACUUAAAACACUUUAGCAGAAUUAAAAGAACGAAGUGUACAAUUACUUGAACUGAAUACAUACAAGUACGCAGCAGAAAAAAUUGAAAGUACACAGAUAACAGCACAUCGACGACCAGAAUCAGCGCAGCAUCUGCAACAGCCGUCAGCCAGAUGGCGACGAACAAGGAGGUUUACCAGGAAGGUUGGCUGAUCAAAUCGCCUCCGACGAAGCGAAUCUGGCGAGCGCGAUGGCGACGCCGUUGGUUUACGCUGAAGCAGGGCGAGUUGCCUGGGCAGUUUUUUCUCGAAUACUACACGGACCGCAAGUGUCGAAAGCUAAAGGGGAUAAUCGACCUGGAUCAGUGUGAGCAGGUUGACGCUGGUAUGCGACUGAACAGGCAGAAGGAAAAUUACGCUCACAUGUUUAACGUGAAAACACCAACAAGAACCUAUUAUCUGGCAGCCGACACCGAGAAAGACAUGCGUGACUGGGUCAGCUGCAUCUGUCAGGUUUGCAACCUUCAGGAGACGCAAACCAAUGAAGAACGACCGUACUAUAACAUCGGAGCGAUCAAUAUGGUUGAAAAUGUACCACCGGGCGGUAUUGCAUCCUCCGUCGAGCAGCAAGAUGCUUCUAAUGGCACGGAGGUAACACUACUGCACAAUCCAUCAACCGGUGGCGAAACACAGGAACAAGUUCACCAACAACCGAGGCCACCUACAAUGGCAGCAUACAACCCGUAUGGCACUUACCAGAACGAGGACGUGAUGAAUUUCAGGGGAACUGACUAUACCAAUAGGGAAACGAUCAUUUGCGAGGCGAAACUAAGCCAAAGCCAAACGUUGAGAAACAAUGGAAUGGAAAGCAAUUUCACUACAGCAACAAUCGAACGAUCUCAGUCCUUGCGGGGAAAGCCAUCCUCGCCGGAAAAAGGUGCAUUGAAACAAAGUUUAAUAGGUAACCAUCAUACGCGUACUCAAUCGCUGAGUACAGACCACAAAAUUGGAACAUCAGCAGUGAAUGCUGGCAAGAAAAUUCCUGAAAAUUUGAAGCUAAAUGAUCGCCCUCUUGGUUACCGAAACGGUUCGGAGCAACCUUCACCGGUGUUGAGCACUUCCUCUGGACCGUACAUUCCAAUUAGUGAAUGUUUUUCCGGCAGUCCAUUCCCACUUACCCCCUUGAAUUCCUUGGAUCCGCGGUUCUACGAUACACCUCGUAGUCACACCAACAUUGGGUUUAAUCUCAUCAAUAACGAGCAACCAUAUUCGCCAAAACGAAACAACUUAAGUGGAACAGCUCAACCAAAUAGCACAACAUGUGCGAAAGCGCCUUGCAGUGGCAAAUCCAGCCCAUCGGAUUCGGAAAGUGUCUUCACGGACGACGAAUGGACUGCACCUGGUGGCGGUGGGGAACCGGGAACGAGGGAUCGCUCCACUAGACCGUCGGAUAGUUCCAUCGAGAAUGACGUUAUCGGCUGGACGUACGUUCAGCGUUUUGCCAAAGUUUCACAGGACGACCAAAAAGAAGCGGCCGUCUCGCCGGAUGUCGCCCCGCCGAGGCCACCGAAACGUUCGAGUUUGAUUUUGGACUGCAUCGAAAAACAUAAGGAUAUUCAAUCCUCUGACACUGAGAAUGCAUCUCCUGCAAUAGGACCAAAGGACGAAAGCUCGUGCGUCGAACAGUGCUACGACAUUCCGCGAUCCCAUCAACCGAGUCAGUAUACCGGCAGCAGUAUGCAUCUGUCGGAUGCCGAGCUACUCUCGCCACUGAAUCAGUGCGAUCUGGUCGCUUCCAGUACACCGAAUUUGACUAGUGAACAGCACAAUCAGCACGGUACCCUUGGACGUAUUAGACCGCAUUGCUACAGCAAUGCCGCUCCUCAGCGGGUCGAAGGAAAUGUUUUCAGAUUCGAUUUUAGUGAACAGGGUGAUGCUCCAGCAAUCAAUCGAAAUUUGAAACCGAAAUCGACAAUCGACAUAACGAAAUCGAUCGAAAGCCUUUCGCACGGUGUGAAACACGUUGGCCUUAAUACUCCGGCAACCCCAGCGACGCUGAAAAAUGCCCCACCCAAUGUGGACCGCACUAGGAAGCCUACAACCCCUCAGAUGAGCACUAAUUCUAUGCGGCGUAAGGGUGGACCGGUGUCGUUAAAUAUUUCCAGCCACAGUGAAAACGUGUACGGGAAUACGCAAGAGAAUAGCCAACAACAGUUGAUCUCCGGAAUUUCUCCUCGAACACCUGGCAGGAACGAAGACCGUCUGCAGUAUCUCGAUCUUGACCAUUCCGAAAGCCCAAAUAAAUCUCAAACUGCAAUUUCGCCAGCGGCGAGAGGCACAUCCGGAUCAUUAUCCAUUAGCCAGCAGCUGGGAAAUAGCAGUUCCAGUACAUCGGCGAACGUGAGCGGAAGCAGCCUCGCCCCGAUGUCCGUGGCUCGUACCCCGUACACUACGGUAGACUUCGUCAAAACGGAUGCCUUCAACCGCAUUCGGGCCGAUACGGAAUUGAGCAGAAAUCAGCCACGUUUGAAAGAUCAAUCCUAAAAUGGGGGCAGCAUGAUAUUCAUAAAAGCUACAAAUAUUCUUUAUCAAUUUGCAUGUUUCAGAAGACUAAAACCAUAUUAUCAGACUUUAUGGAAAUAACCACUCAAAAAGUGCAAUUAUCUGUAAUGCCUUAUUGCGCAAAAAAAUCCAAUCGCAAAAAAAAACAAGACGAUUUUAUUAGAACUGUGAUCACAUGGCACAAGAAGUUAGUUUGCUAGUAAAACGGAAACAUAGGUAAUACCUAGGAGUUACGCACAAUUGUCGCGUCGAACCCAACCAGCGGCGAAAGAUUUGCGCUUUUGUUUUCCAAACACAUACAUCCAGAGAAUGUAACAAGUUCAAUUUUAACGGAAACCUACAAUCAAUGCAUUUAACAAUUUUUAACCGUACAACAAAAAUUCCAAUCGGUGUUAGAUAGUUUUUUACUAUAGUUUACUCGAUUUUUAACAGUUAGAAACACAGUGGCUGGGGUUUUUAUUGUUCUACUAUUAUUAUUACUUUUAACGAAUGCUUCCCAAAGUUAACGCCGUUGUUAGCUGCUUAGAAACACAUCAGUAUCUGAUUUUUUUUCGAAUAUCUUUUAUGUUAGGAAUCAUUUAGGGCAUUCAUUAUAUACUCCGCUGGCUUUUAUAAUGUAUUGAAUAAAGUUACGGUUUCAAUAGCAUG